AGAAGAUUUAAUCAAAGAUGAACAUUUACCUUCCCGCCCUUUGGACCAUAUUUCUAACAACAUAUCUUGUAUCAGCAAAGCAUGACCGGUGGUGUAGUCCAAACAGCAUACCAAGUGGUAAAUGCGGACGUCAUCUUGAUGAACUGUUAGGUACUACCUGUGGACGGGGUGGUUUCUACUCACCUGAUUUCUCAUCAGACAAUUUUCUUCCAGGGAAAAGAAACCCGCUUGGAGAAGUUCUUCUUGGAAAAAGGGAAGCCAAUGUGUAUCUGGAGAAGAGAAGGGACUAUUUCUACCAGGGUAUCGUCUGCGAGUGCUGUAUACACCAGUGUACUAUACUGGAAUUAAAGUCAUAUUGUACUUAACGUAUCAAUUUAAAUUUCUAUGUUACGUUUUAAAAGCAAUAUAUCAAAACAAUAAUACCAAACAUCAGAUCAGAAAAAAAAAAACAUUUUAAGAAACAAAACCGCAACUGCACUCAUAGCUGUUUACAAAAUGUAAUAUAAACAUGGUAAAAGUUAUAUGUGGCAUAUGUUAAUGAUAUACCAGCAUUUCCCAGGGAUAACAUACAAAUAAAUUGAUGAAGAAAAUUAAUCUUUAUUCUUUGAAACAGAAUGACAGGCUUCCUAUACAUGUAUAUACGAGUAUGAUAUUUGUCUUACAUUACGAUUACAAUCAAUACGGUGCGAUGUUAUUGUAGCAGUUUUAUUGGUUAAAGAUCCUGUAAAUCAUUUUUUAUGGUUUUAUAUCAUAAAUCUGAUGCUCAAAUAAAGAUUUGUCAAUAUUGUAAGUACAAAAAA